AUGGGCAAAAUCAUCGCUAUCGCCAACCAAAAAGGCGGGGUGGGCAAGACCACUACGGCCGUCAAUCUCGCCGCCUGUCUGGCCCUUUCCGGGCACCGAACCUUACUCAUUGACCUAGACCCGCAGGCCAACGCCACUAGUGGCUGCAACGCCGAACUCGGCAGCGACUACGCCUCUAUCUACGAGUGCCCGGGCACAUUCGCCUCGCGGGUGCCGAAGUGGAGAUGGCCGCCAUGGUCGGGACGCGACAAGCGGUUGGCCGGAGCCCUGCGCCCGGUAAAGGGGCAGUACGAAUUUAUCCUCAUCGAUUGCCCGCCGUCUUUGGGCUUGCUCACGAUCAACGCGCUGAGCGCAGCCGAUUCCGUGCUCAUCCCGGUGCAGUGCGAGUACUACGCCUUAGAAGGCGUGAGCAAUCUCAGCGAUUCCAUCCGCGUGGUGCGGCGCUAUCUCAACCCCACUCUCGAAAUCGAGGGCGUUUUACUCACCCUGUACGACGAUCGCUUGCAGCUUUGUCGCCGCGUGGCCCAAGAAGUACGCAACCACUUCGGCGACAAGGUCUAUCAGACGAUCAUCAGCCGCAACAUCAGCUUGGCCGAGGCCCCGGGUUUUAGCCAGCCCGUCGUGCUCUACGACGCAGAAUCGAGAGGCUCCAGCAACUACAACAGCUUGGUUUCCGAAAUCUGCGCCGAUAGGCCUUCUGUCUUGCCUGAUCCCCCCCUUCUGUAUUUUCUGUAG